AUGGGUGAUUUAUUGAGCGGCGAUGAUGAAGAUUACUACUACUCCGAUCAGGAGUCUCUCGACGGGCUUGAUAAUGAAGAAUCCUGUUUGCAGCCUCUUUCUUCCAAAGCAAAUACCGCAAAGGUGAUUACGAAGGAAUCGCUUUUGGCGGCACAGAGGGAGGAUUUGCGACGAGUGAUGGAAUUGUUAUCGAUUAAGGAGCAUCAUGCUCGGACUCUUCUUAUUCAUUACAGGUGGGAUGUGGAGAAUUUGUUUGCUGUGCUUGUUGAGAAAGGGAAAGAUAGCUUGUUUUCUAGUGCUGGUCUUGCAGUUGUUGAAAAUCAACGUUGUGGUGCUUCUUCCUUUUCUCAUUCUUCGGUGAUGAGUUGUGAUAUCUGCAUAGAGGAUGUACCCGGUAAUCAGAUGACAAGAAUGGAUUGUGGCCAUUGCUUUUGCAAUACUUGUUGGGCUGGGCAUUUUACUGUAAAGAUAAAUGAAGGUCAGAGCAAAAGGAUUAGAUGCAUGGCUCAUAAAUGCAAUUCUAUUUGUGAUGAAGAUGUUGUCAAGACUCUGGUUAGUAAAAGCCAACCUCAUUUAGCUGAGAAGUUUGACCGUUUUCUUCUUGAGUCAUACAUUGAAGAUAACAAAAUGGUGAAGUGGUGUCCAAGCACUCCACAUUGUGGUAGUGCAAUACGUGUUGAGGAUGAUGAGCUGUGUGAGGUUGAAUGCUCUUGUGGUUUUCAGUUCUGUUUCAGUUGUUCUUCUCAAGCCCACUCCCCUUGCUCUUGCUUGAUGUGGGAGCUAUGGAAGAAGAAAUGCCAAGAUGAGUCCGAGACAGUUAAUUGGAUAACUGUUCACACAAAGCCGUGUCCCAAAUGUUACAAACCCGUUGAAAAGAAUGGUGGGUGCAAUCUUGUGACUUGUAUCUGUGGACAGUCUUUUUGUUGGUUGUGUGGUGGAGCUACUGGAAGGGAUCACACUUGGUCUAGUAUUGCGGGUCAUAGUUGUGGUCGGUAUCAAGAAGACAAAGAGAAACAGAUGGAGAGAGCAAAAAGGGAUCUUUACCGGUAUAUGCAUUACCAUAACCGGUACAAAGCACAUAUCGAUUCCGCCAAGCUCGAGGAUAAACUUAGUGAUACUAUCCGUGAAAAGGUGUCAAUUUCAGAAAAGAGGCAAUUACAACUUAAAGAUUUCAGCUGGGUUACCAAUGGACUCCACCGGUUAAUUAGAUCAAGACGAGUUCUUUCAUAUUCAUACCCUUUUGCAUUCUACAUGUUUGGAGAGGAGCUGUUCAAAGAUGAGAUGAGCUCUGAGGAAAGAGAAAUAAAACAAAAUCUGUUUGAGGAUCAGCAGCAGCAGCUUGAGGCUAAUGUUGAGAAACUUUCGAAGUUCUUGGAGGAGCCCUUUGAUCAAUUUGCUGAUGAAAAAGUCAUGGAGAUAAGGAUUCAAAUCAUCAAUUUGUCAGUUGCGGUUGAUACCCUUUGCAAAAAAAUGUACGAAUGCAUCGAAAACGACUUGCUGGGUUCUCUGCAACUUGGCAUCCACAACAUUGCCCCAUACAGAUCAAAAGGCAUAGAACGAGCAUCUGACUUUUAUAGUUCACGGAAUUCCGAAGAACCUGUUGGUGAAUUAUGCCAACCUUCUGAUUGUGGUACAAGUGGAUGGACUUCCGGGUUUGAUCAAGCUUUGGGGUCAGCAAACUCAGAGGAGACAAGUUGCUCUUCCAGGAAACGUCCGAGAAAAGACGGAAGUUACAGCAACACCCAAACCAGCUUACUGGAUUUAAAUUUGCCAGCAGAAGUCACUGAACGGAAAUGA